AUGAUUUUGUUCGACAAGAUUCACAUCCGAAAACCUUCUUCGCUACGAGGAGAUGUUUCUCUAUUAACCACUGUAGCCAAAACACUCUUCUAUGAAACCUUUCGAGAAGACAACACCGAGGAAAAUAUGAAAGCCUAUUUGGAACAAGCCUUCAAUCCGACUCAACAAACCAAUGAAUUACAAGAUCCGAACACAUUUAUUGCAUUUAUUGAAAUGGAAUGGGAUGAUGAAUUGAACGAAUAUUUACAACAAAAAUGUUCGUCUCUUGAAAGAAUUCAAUUUCUAGAAUCACAAAUGUCAUAUGUCCAAGAGCCGGAAGAAGAGGACAUGAAUUCAUCAAAUACUCAAAUACAGAAAAAACACACCAAGAAAUUAGUCAUUGCUUAUUGUAAAUUGAAAUAUGGAGCUUUUGAACCUUGUUUGAAAUAUCAAGGAAAUGAAACGAUUGAACUAUGUCGAUGUUAUGUAUUGAAGGAAUUUCAUGGAACUUGUAUUGCACAUCGACUCAUGCAAGAAUGUUUACGUGUGGCACGGGAAGUGAAAUUUGGAAUGGAUCAUCAGACGACAUGUAAAUCCAUAUGGUUGGGAGUUUGGGAACGAAAUGCACGAGCGAAAAAAUUCUAUGAAAAGUACAAGUUUGAAAAAGUGGGAGAACAUGUGUUUGUGAUGGGAGAUGAUCCACAACGAGAUGAAAUCUAUGAAUUAAUUUUGAAUUAA